GAAUGUCCAAAGUGUACAAUUUCUGAAUUUUUUGUUGAGGUUCCAGGAGAUGACAGAAAGCCAAAGUUUUGGAAUUCAUCAGAUAAAGAAAUAGCAUGCACCUUCUGUUUAAAAAAAAAUGAAAAUUCUUUUGAAAAUUUAGAACGAGGAAAAGAAAUUGUAAUAAACAAACCACGAUAUUAUACUCAGCAUCUUCUUGCUUGUUUAAAUGCUUCUAGUAAUUUAAGGCAAGAGCUUCAAGGUGAAGCGAACAAUAUUGGUGAUGCUUCAGAAAGUUCAGUUUUAAGCAAAUGCCUUAAGUCUAAUCAUAAUGAAGAACGAAAAGCUUUUAAAUGCAACUAUCUCCAAUGGAUGCUUAAAUCUACUGCAAUUCCAUCUCGUCAAACAUUAGGAGGAAAACUUCUUAAUACUGCUACAAAUAAGCUUCAAACCAAGACUAUAAAAACUUUACAAAAUGCAAAAGCUAUUACUCUUACCUUUAAUGAAGAAGGUGAAGUAAUAAUAUAUGAUGCAAGAGAUAUUUCAAGUAAACGUAGCUCCAUGGAGGCUACAAUAAAAUUAGUAAAAGAUUUAUUAAUAGAAGAUGAAUUAAAAGAUGUUAAGAUUAUUGCAGUUGUCAUGAAUUCAUCAAGUGAAUAUGCUGCUGCACGUUGCAAAUUAAGAAAAGAAUUAUCAAUAAUAAUUUGGCUACCUUGCUUUGCUCAUCAAGCAAAUCUUUGUAUUGUUGAUAUUUUCAAGUCAUUGCAAUUUUUUUUUACUACAAUUAAGCAAGCCGUAGUAGUUACUACUUUCUUUAAUAAAUCAUCUUUUUUUACAACACUCCUUAAAAAUACUUGCAAUGAUCUUAAAAUUCCUUAUUUUGCUCUCACUAAUUCUACUGAAACUCG